UUCGGGUGACAGUUUGCCAGCCGUGAGCAGAGUGUCGAGGUUUAUUGUUUGGGAAGCAAUAUGGCUAUCUGGUGAUUAGUAACAGUGCGAUACGUAGACAAAGGGGCAACGCAGUUCUCAUGAUAGUUGGAGACGCGUUGUACGUUCCGUUCCAGUUUAUUUAAGUAAAAAGGAACCAGGGGGAUAAGGUAGAAAUGUUGGAGCUGGAGGUGGUGCCCGAGAGAUCCCUCGGCUGCGAGCAGUGGGAAUUUAUUUUAGGUAUGCAUUUUUCCCAGUCUGUGUCAAUAAUACAAUCCCAAGUGGGCAUUAUAAGGGGAGUACAAGUACUUUAUAGUGAUAGUAAUCCUUUAGAUGUAGAUCUAGUGAUAAAUUUACCUCAUGACGGCGUUCGGCUUAUAUUUGACCCAGUAGUGCAAAGGCUCAAGAUAAUUGAAAUUUAUAAUAUGAAAUUAGUGAAACUCAAAUACUGUGGUCUCCCUUUCAAUUCACCAGAAGUCUUGCCAUCUAUUGAACAGAUUGAACAUUCAUUUGGAGCAACUCAUCCUGGUGUUUAUGAUAGUGACAAGCAGGUGUUUGUCUUAAACUUUCGAGGUUUGUCAUUUUACUUCCCCAUUGACUCAAAGUUCCAACCUGGAUACGCGCAUGGACUUGGGUCAUUACAAUUUCCAAAUGGGACUUCUCCUCUUGUAGCAAAAACAGCCAUUUAUGUUGGUAACAUGGCUGCAGGAAGCGGAAGUGAUGAACACAAUUUGAAAGCACCACCACCUCCUCUACCUCUCGUCUGCUAUCACAAUAAUUUGUAUUUAGAGAAGGCAGAUGUUAUGCGGGAUAAGACACGUACUCGAGGUCUGAGGCUGCAUCUCUUCACAGAAGGUAGUUCUGUAACCAGGGUAUUACUGGAGCCGAAGAAGCACUGCCUGACCAAAGAGGUGUUAUUUGGUGAUACCUGUGAAGAUGUGCUGAGCGCCUUGGGCGCGCCUUCUCGUGUGUUCUUUAAGGCAGAGGACAAGAUGCGUAUUCAUAGUCCUCACGCGCACAAACGCGAUAAAAUAAGACGAUCCGAUUUCUUCUACAAUUAUUUUACCUUAGGAUUGGACGUUUUAUUUGAUGCCAAAACCCAAUGUGUUAAGAAAUUUGUGUUACACACAAAUUACCCAGGGCAUUAUAAUUUUAAUAUGUAUCAUCGUUGCGAGUUUUCGUUAACUUUACCGCCAGAAAAUAAUAAUUCCACUGAAUCGGGAAAACUGAUUGAUGUUUCCCCUUCUCCAGUUACGAUCACUGCCUAUACAAAAUGGGAUAGAAUAAGCGAGCAAUUGAAGGCGAGUGCACGACCGGUGGUCUUGAAUCGAGCGUCUUCGACGAACACAACAAAUCCAUUUGGAUGUACGUUUUGCUACGGUAUACGCGAUGCGAUCGUCGAGGUCAUGGCGAAUCAACACAUUGCAAGUGUAACAUUAUACAGAGCGGCGUGACCUUGAUAAUUCAUACAACAUGGUGCAUUAUAGAGUGCUCUGUCAAGAGCAAACGAAGGAAUGGCAUUGGAAAGAUGAUAAAAAAAAAUAUAUACAUAAGAGAAUAGGCAAGUUUUAGUGUUGGCAAUCGCAUAAUAACAUCUACUGUGAAAUAUUGUGUGAUAAAAGAAAGUGAUAAAGAGUAAUGGCGUGCGAGAACACCGAUGAAAUUUUUUAACGCUAAUGUAACAUUGAAACAUUUGCAAGGACGUUAGAUGAAAGUAAUGCGUGUGAUUACCGAGAGAGGCGAUGCAGCGUGAGGCUCAGAGACCACGCGAUAUCAUUCUGAAUAUCACGUAUUGUUGCUUGUAAUGUUUUACAUUUUUCCUUGGAUGCAUCUAUCAAGGAAGUCAAACAAAAAAAAAACAAAAAAAGUGAAAAAAUCAAAAACAUCAACU